AUGCCAGGCGAACCACCCAACUAUCCACGUGGGCCUUACAGCGAUUUACAUCGUGCCGUGGCGAGCGGAUCCACAAGGCGUGUCAGCAUGCAGCUCGACACGGGGAUCGACAUCAACAUCGCGAGCGACCCUGCGAAGGACACGCCCCUCAUCAUCGCCUGUCGCCAUGGUGAGUUGGCAUUGGUCCAGCUUCUUCUCGACAGGGGUGCCGACACGGAGCGUACUAACCAAGAAGGCAGGACCGCACUCUUUGAAUCACUUCACUACCCUAGAAUUGCGAGGAUCCUCAUCGACCGCGGUGCAAACCACGGGGCACAGGAUAACCAUGGUGCCACACCGCUGCUGCUGGCUGCCACCCGAAAGAGCGGCUGUGCCGGACAAGCUGUGACGGAGAUGUUACUUCAGCAUGGAGCCAAUCCCGACACGGCAGACAACAGCGGAUUUACACCGCUUCACAUCGCUGCUUCAAGGCAGUGCUGUGCGUUCAUGUCUCUGAUCCUUGGUGCUGGAGCGGGAGUUAACGCCCGUCAUCGACCAGGCGGGGAGACGCCACUUUUUGUUGCCGCUAGGCUCGGAAGGCUGUUGUCGGUGAAAGUUCUCCUCCGUUUCAAAGCGGAUGCACUGCUUCCCGCGCAGUUCGAGAAUAGAAAAGAUAAGUGGCUGCCACUCGACGUCGCGGCGCACCGUGGCCACCUCGCCGUCGUUCGCGAGCUGGUGCAGCAAGUCGGACUCGGGGGCUGUGGGGGUCCAUCUGGUGGUGCGGAUGCUCUCGUGAUUACCGCAAGCGAGGGUAGACUGGACAUCAUGGCCUUCCUCUUGGACGCCGGCGUGGUAGACAAUGGUGACGGCCUUCGAUCUGCCAUCAAGGCGGGUCACAGCAAGUCCGUGCGGCUUCUGAUGGAGCGGCGAGCGGGGGAUGUGAAGCAGUACGUUUCGUCGGAAAGCAUCGGUGAUGAGGCACGAACCGUUCUGUUCCAUUGCUUCCAUGCACAGGCACUGGCACCUUCUUCAUGUAGAAUCAUGCAGACACUUAUUGAGGCCGGGGCGACCACUCGCGUCAACGUGAUGAUAAACUACGAAGACAGACCGCCUACUAUGUUGACCGAUCUGGUGCAGUACGCCGACUACCUGAUCAACCGCGGUAGAACAACUCUAACCGCAGAGGAGGAGAUGAUGCAUGGACUCAGGGGUUUGCGUCGCCUGCUCAUGCAGAAAGAGGCGGUGACUGCUACUUCGUGGGCGUGGCCGGCCGGAGAGGGGGGCAUGCGCUGUGGGGGCACCAGGGGCAUCAGGCGCACCAAGAAAAAAACGAAGCCAUCUGCAGCUCUGGCGACGAUGAUGCCGCUGCUGAGGCGCCGGGAUGCGAAGCGCGGGAUGGCUCUGCGCGCCCUUACCAGGCGCAAAUCGACGGCGACCUGA